CAAUUGAAAGUUGAGUUGAGAAAUAUUGGGAAAACUUUGACAGCCAUUAACGAACCAGUCCCGAGGGCGCAAGUUUCUUCUUCUCUUUUGCAGAAAAUUGCUCAGUAGACUCCAAGAAAGUUCAAUUAACAGCAAAUUGCUUGGCUCGGGUAUUUCAUAUACCCUUGAUCGCAAUGGGUUGCUCCUCCUCUGUCCCAGACAGAGCUUCUGGGCCAUCGGGUGGGGUUAAUCCAGAGAAUAGUGCAGCUGAUUCAAAGAAUUUGCGCGUCAAGCUUGUCCUGCUGGGUGAUUCUGGCGUUGGUAAAAGCUGUAUUGUUCUUCGCUUUGUUCGUGGUCAGUUUGAUCCAACGUCUAAGGUAACUGUUGGGGCAUCAUUCCUGUCACAAACGAUUGCUUUACAGGAUUCUACAACAGUGAAGUUUGAAAUAUGGGACACUGCUGGGCAAGAGAGGUAUGCUGCAUUAGCUCCACUUUACUAUCGAGGUGCGGCAGUUGCAGUUAUCGUAUAUGAUAUAACAAGCUCUGAUUCCUUUGCCAAAGCUCAAUAUUGGGUUAAGGAGCUGCAAAAGCAUGGAAGCCCUGAUAUCAUUUUGGCAUUGGUCGGUAACAAAGCUGAUCUCCAAGAGAAAAGGAAAGUAUCCGUUCAGGAUGGGACUGAGUAUGCAGAGAAGAAUGGAAUGUUCUUUAUUGAGACAUCUGCUAAGACUGCAGAUAACAUAAAUGAGCUGUUUGAGGAGAUUGCGAAGCGAUUGCCACGACCCACUUCAUCAUGAUCGGAACUCAGCUGCGACAUGAAUUAUUUUAUCAGCCGAAGCUUAUUUUACAAAAAACAAAAAAAAAAAACAAAACAGCUUGCCCCCGUGUGAUCCGUGUAUAGUUUUGGUGAGUCGGGCAGUGUUCGGCUUUGUUAUUUGCUUUGGCUUGUUGGUAUUUUCAGUCUGAAGUGUAACGUUAAAACAGAGAUGAAAAUGGUGAAAGAUUCGUUCCCCUUUAAACCAUAUGCUGCAUUUAUAGACUAUGUUUGGUGUGACGGAUA